AUCAUGGUGAGACCUGGAUGUUGAAUCUAUAAUACUAAGGACUUACUCUCAAAUAAGUAUUUUUAACAGAUCUACAUAUUUGUUGCAUAGUGGAUUGAAUGCACACGGAGAUUUGAUAUCAGUAUUCCGAGGAUUAUCUUUUUUCGUGCUUUUGUACUCUUUUGGAAAUUUGUCUUCAUUGUUCGAUCACCUGAGGAUAAUAAAGAUGGGUUUGCUUAUGUCUAAAGUGAUGACUCUUUUCAAAGAAUGGUCUGAAGGAAGUCCAUCAAGGGUUCUUAUGCUUGGUCUAGAUGCAGCAGGGAAGACCACGUGUUUGUACAAGCUGAAGCUUAAUGAAACCGUAACGACGAUCCCGACCAUCGGAUUCAACGUCGAGACCGUCACACCCUUACCAGGGUUAUCAUUCACCGUGUGGGAUGUCGGCGGUCAGGAGAAAAUCAGGGCACUCUGGAGACAUUAUUACUAUGGCACACAUGGUGUCAUCUUCGUAGUAGACAGUCAAGACCGAGAACGAUUUGCAGAAGCCAGAGGGGAACUACUCGGUAUACUGGAAGCUCAAGAGAUGACGAAGAACGUCCCUGUCUUAAUCCUCGCCAACAAACAAGAUCUGCCAGGUGCAUAUGGCGUCACUAAAUUGAUCGACGAGCUCCAACUCCGACACCUUACCCAGAAUCCUUGGCAUAUCCAAGGCGCAUGCGCUCCAACUGGAGAUGGUUUGUACGAGGGACUUCAGCAGCUUUCAAAGAUGAUCCGAGAAUUCAAGAAAUCUGGAGGAAAGACGUCCAUGUAAGAUGUACUUGAAUAAGAAAAGACAAUGGUGGGGCAGAUCUACUCAGGCAGGUGUCACCGAGGGCGUCGAUCCAUAUCUAGGGAUAUUAUAAUUAUGUUGAAGAAGGGGAAGGAUUGGCUAUUAAUAGGCGGCAUAUACACUCGAUACGUCUUUCAUUCUGCAAUAAGGGGGGGGGGGUGUACUUGCAGGGUCAUUAAAAAAAUAUGAUCUUCAAGAAUACAAUAUUGGGACCCAUAUUUGAAUUAAACAUUAAAAAAAACUUAUUAUGAUUUCCAUCAAACUCUCUUUAGCUCAAUAUAAAUUAAUUUGUCAAAGAAAGGUAAGAAGAGGGCUAAAAUGUAAUGUCAAGACAGAGGGAUAUUUCUUGCAACAAAAUGUUUUUGAUUGUCUUAUUUGGGCUUCUGUAAUGAAAAUAUAUUGGUUGCAUCGUAGACCUUUCCUAAUCACAAUAAAUGCGUCCUUCUUUAGCUAUUAUACCAGUCUUUCAUGCACUCUGAACGUACUUUGCAAUAAGCCCUUUUAGACAUUGAUGUUGUCAUAAAUAAUAACAUUGAUGAAAUAUCAUGCAGCGAUCAGUGAUUAUAUACGUUCCCCUGGCAUUAUUUAGAUACGCAAAUCUAUACGUUUUCUUUACACAUUUCACAUUCAUGUCUACAUUUUGAGAGCCAUAACGUUGAAGCGUCACUUGAUUUCGAAAAGUAAGAUGGUAAUUUUGUAGUUGUUGAGCUGAACAUUUUGCAAUGCACAACAUUUUGUGUGUGCAUAUUAAUGUGUAGCAUAUUUCAAAAGAUAGAGGACACCAUAUUUAAGUAAACAUAAAAAUAGAAUUGCUGGUUAGUGAAGUCUCAACUUUCUGCAUUGAAAGACAAUCUUCAAGUCCAGUUUCAUUCGAGAAAUAUAGCAUUGAUUCUGCGAAAGCCAAAUAAAACCAGAGGUUAAACAUGUAAUGCUCAUCUUUUCCAGUUUACAUAAUGAAUAAACCUAUGUUUUUAAUGUUUUCCCCAAUUUCCACUGCUAUGUAGAUUUGUUUAAAUAAAAAGGUCUUGUUUUUUCAAGAAAAAAAGAUUAAAUGUGUAUAUUUGUUAUAUAGUAUUCAUUACAAAUAUGAUUACCAACUAAUACCAAUGUUUUGUUGAAAACAUGAAAAUGUAUUUCUAUUAUAUAUUUUUGUUGAUACAAAUAGAGAGAGACAUUUAUACAUGUAUAACUCAUGUCAGUCUAUGCGAUCCUUACAUAACAUAUGCUUUUUUUUGUUCAUGUAAAACUUCUGUUUAUUGAUAGUCCACCAAAUGAAUCGGUAGUAAUCUAAGCUUAUCUUGGUUGUCUAAAUAUCUUUUUUAAAAGAUUAUAUUUUUUGUGACGAAAAAAUAUCAACAUUUAUGUACAAAUAUGUUGACCAAUUAUAUGAUGUUGUGUUUGUAUAUGCAAUAGCCGAAUCUCUACUCAUAUAGAGAAUUAAAUUACGUUAAGUUGAUUUUUAUGUUGUUUUUGUUGUUGAAUGUGUUAUGGAUUUAGUGAUCAAAAAUUGUUUUGUACACAUCCAAUAACUAGUCAUGUAAUACGUAAUCGUGUAUAUUUGUUGUUUGAGAAAAGUAUGUGUAUUAUAUAUUUUAUUGUAAAUAAAAGCAAAUUUCACUAUAUUGAACAAUCAUCUGUU